UGUCAAUUUGGUUUUCUCUGAAAGUCCGAACCGAGAAAAAAUCGUGUGUUGCCUAUUCAUCAUUCAACAGAGAUAAUCUUUCUGUACGAGAUCCAUUUCACUUUUGCAAAGUAAACCCAGUGUUGUAGGCGAAGUGAGCAAGGUGUUACGAUUACGAUUUUCGAUGCUAUAGGACCCAUCGGUGCCGUUGCCGUAAGGGUAGCCAGUGGUUUUUUUUUUCGCAGCAGCCAAAAGGUGAUAUUUACCCCGAUUUGAAACAAAAAAUAGAAAUCUGCAGUUUUAAUCCGGAUUGUUCUCCCGGGAGUUAUCGGAGGAGUGUCGUGGUUAGUGUGCUCCAUUUUCUGCAUUAUACAGUGUGAAUUGUGACUACCAGCGACAAGAUUUUGACGAAGUGAAAAUUAUCCCUAAUUGUACCUACAAGAACGGUAGAGCAGGUGAAAGGCAGAUCCGGAUAAAAAUGUCAGAGAAACCAGCGCAAAAGCUUUCGGAAUCGGAUGACUUUACCGACAAUUCCGUUGAUAACGCCAAUGACGCUGUCCGGGAGGACACAUCGCAGCAGAGUGGUUUAGCCACGGUCGAGUCCGAGUAUGAUACGGCAUCAGAUUCACCAUCCGAUGGGGAAGAAUACGAUGAACAAGAAGAGGAAAGCGAGAGUGGCGAGGAGGAAGAGCUAGCUGGUAGCGAGGACGAAGAAGAAGAAGAGGAAGAAGGUGAUGAUGGAUCCGAUGAUGAUGUGAUUGAGGUGCUGGACUAUGAACGCCAGAGUGGCGAUGGUCAGGAACAGGAAGCGGAUAGCAAACGGAAGGUGGAUGAUGAUGAAGACCGCAGUAAUCCGCAGUAUAUUCCGAAAAAGGGAACAUUUUACGAGCAUGAUGACCGCACAGUGGAAGAUGAAGACGAUGGAAAGGAUGCCGACGAUGAAAAUGUUAAUAACGAAGAUCCAUCAGGAGUGAGUGGGGAACGGAAGGGAAUUGAUAAAAAUGCGGCCUCAAAAACUAUGAAGAAAUGGCAAGCCUCCGCUGAUCGUUGGACGCACGAUAGAUUCGAUGAGUGUGAGCAGGCUCCAAAGUCCCGUGCGGAACUGGUUUCGGCCUACGGUUAUGACAUACGUAGCGAAGACGGUCCUCCACGUGCGCGCAGGAGAAGACGUUAUGCUCGUGGUCCCAACAAGUACACCAGAAAUUGGGAAGACGAGGAUGCUUAUUCCAAAUCCAACAGCAAUCCGGAACAUAACCGGCUGCGCAAGGUUCCAAGACCGGAAGACUUUCCGGAGCUGGGCACAAACAGUGGGAAACUUCGAAGCAAUCCAAAUUCGCGUCGUCUCAGCAAACAGGGCCGAGCAUCGUCAAUCAAUGAUAGAUUGGACGAUCGCAGCAGUGGCCGACAGCGCCCGGAACGUAGGAUAAGUGAACGGAACCGAGCUAGCAAUAGCAGUCGAAGUAUAGCUGACCGGGACCGGGGUAUCGAUCGAGAUCGCUAUGAACAGCGUCUGGAGCGAGUUGACCGGAUGGAUCGAGAACGUGAUCGUGAUCGUAAUUGGGAUCGCGAUCGAGAUUAUGACCAGCAAGAUGGUGGUAACUACCGAGAUGCUAGAACCGACGGAAGUCGGUACAGUUCCGAUAGAGUCAGUAACAGUUACAACAAAGAGAAUAAAAUUAAUAACCGCAGUAGCAAGGAGAAAGAUCGACGUGGUCCAGAUUACAAAGUCAUUACUUCGCUACAAUUUAAAAAUCAAAGUAGAAAUAAAAAUGCCGAAUCUGGAAUGGUUAUAGCUGGGGCAGGUGGGGUAGGUGGGGUGACUGGACAGGCUGUUCAUGGCAAUAGUGUAGGGGCACUUUCUGGCAGUAGCAACAGUAACAAAAUGAACAAUGCGAUGGAUCGGGUUCAGAAUGUUCCUGAUCGCAUGCUGGAUCAACGAGCGUUACAACAUCAUUAUCAAAAUCAGCCACCGCAGAUAAUGUCUCAGCAGCAAAUGCCUCCAACACAAUCACAGCAGCAGGUUCAGCAAACUCAACCGCCGCCCCAACAAAUACAGCAGCAUCAUCCACAAACCGCAUAUGUCAGUGACGAUCAUUACGAUUCGUACAGUGAAUCGAAAAUGCCAAAAGAUGCAAAGUUCCCGUAUAAUCCCCCGGCCAACGCGACCAUCCAGUCGGUGGAGAUUGGUCAGACGGAUAUUGCAAAGUAUCCCCCGCCGGCUACCCAGAGAACUACUAAAGAUCGACAGCAAGUGCUUCCUACGACGGGCGGUAUGACAUUGAAUGCCCGUUCCCAAAUAUCGCCCCGACAGAUUGUUUCCACACAGGCUAGUCAGUUAACAACGAUUUCAACGACCCAACAGCAACAGUUGGUGCACCAACAGCAACAACAACAAUUGCAACAGCAAAGUCAGCAACAACAAUACCAACAGAUGCAGCAGCAACAACAGCAGUACCAGCAACAGUUGCAUACAUUGACCAAUCAAACUGCACCACCAGUGGCAUCUCAAGCUCCACAGACUCAGAUUCCACCUCCACAAUUGCCACAACAGCAGGCACCAUCAUCACUGCCGCAACCGGCUCAAAUGCACAAUGUGCAUUUGGCCGGUUCCCUGGCAAAUACAGCCGUCAGUCAACAGCAGUUAAUGACCGGUGACAACAGUUCUCGAUCUAGCAAACGUUAUUCCAGUCUGCGUCAAAGAACCACCAUGGAUAACCCCAAUGUUGUUGUUGUUCAGUCUCCAUUACACGAACAGCAACAGCAACAACUUCUACAGCAACAACAACAACAGCAACUACUUCUACAGCAAGAGUUGCAACAUCAACAGCAACAGAAACUUAGUGCUCAAGCAACCAAACCGUCAACCUAUCAAAUAAACCAGCCGCCACAGCAAGCAACGUUGCCCUUAACUUUGCAAAGUGAAUAUUUGGUCCAAACGGCGAAUCAACCGAAUGCCUCCAACAAACCGCAAUCCGUCAGUCAAGCUCCUGUUCAAUAUCAACAUCCAGCUGGGUACUACACCGCUACUACGCCAACUGCCGGCGAUUUCGUAACCGGUAGCACAACCCAACAACAGCCACCACAACCCCAGCAGCAACAACCACCAUCGGUUGCAACGGUCCCGGUGGUACCCCAGCCGCAAAAUGCAUUGCUGACCGGACCGCAAUAUCCGCAGUACAGUCAGUCGAACACCGCAGCUCAUCAGUAUAUUCAAGCUCCACCACCUGCCGCGUACAUCCCACAAACAACGGCAACUCCGCAACCUACACCACCAGCAGCACCGGCUGCACCACCACCGCAAAUACUGAAUUACGUUCCGGCAAUUACACCCACGGCUCCGUCUCAGUACCCACCAGUGGCCGCACCUUAUCCUGCAUACCAAAACUAUAAUGCCGUUGUUCCCCAACCGGUGGCACCGGCAGUUCCACAACACACACCAUCCCCAUCGGCAGCCACAGCAGCUCUCUACCAAUCCAGUGGUGGUAUUACCUACUAUGCUCCACAGUCGCAAACGCAAGCCCCGAGGCCACUUCCGUCCCAGCGACGGCCAACCAGUGCGAUACCGAUUUUGGCACCCCCGGACCGGAAAACGAAAAACAACCGAUCGAGCAAUGAUCCAGCCGGUGGUAGCGGGAAUGAAAACGAAGAAAACGGUGGUGCUUCCGUGAACAGCAGUGGAGGUGGUAUGAUGGGAGCCGCGGCCACUAGUUCGGGCGGGAACGCUCCAGUUGGUAGUGACAUAGAUCACAUCCUAGAUAACAUGUUCGUACAACGCCCUCCCUAUCAACCUCCGACCAGAAAAAGUCCUUCACCCGCCCCAACGUCAGCGUCGGCAACGAUCUCCGGCAGUGGUGUCAGUACAGUCAACAAGUUGGAAGCGGCAACGGCUCUGCCAUCAGAUGCUCCGAAUGAGCUCGAAAAGGAAGCCAUCGAUAAGAUAGGCGACUCGGUGAAGAAUCUUACUAUCCAGGAGGAAAAGUUACCGAUAGUUGAUCCACUGGCUGGCGCCAGUGUCCAACACGAAAAGCUCGAAAUCACACCCACUGCCGUUGAUACCACGGCCGGUUGACACUACUAAUCAGCGUUCCUUCCAUCGUAGAUCAUCACUUAAUAAUCUAACCGAGGAAUUUUCGGUUCAAACCGAACCCAACAAUUUGUAACAACAUGUUUUUUCACUGUCCUCACUGGCGUUCGGUGCUGAGUGGCUGGAUAAUUUUUGUAGGUUGUGUAUCAGCACGAAAACUCCGACUUUGUUUGUGGUUCGCUAUUUUUCCGUAUCUUACAUCAACCGAUGCGUUGUAAUGUAUGUUAAAAACACAUGAGUAAUCCUGGUGCUUUCUACUUUGACCGUGUCAAAACUGGUAGCGCUCGGUGUAAGCUAAAAUAUUAUUUAGUUUUGGUAACGUGCCUAAUAGCGACUGAGAAGGUUAUUUUUUUCAAAUUGUAAUUCCGAUUCUGAUCUUUAAGCUAUGCGUAUAAGAAUAAUAAUUUGCAGAACAAAUUGUUUAAUGUUAACCACAAUAAAGCACAUUCUAUGGCUUAUUUAAUGUGAAUUGAACAAAGUAAAUUAACAUAUAUAUGAAGUUUUGUCUUGGUUUCCAUCAUUAGUUUGACCAAAUUAAAAUUUUAUUUAUUGAUUCGAUAGGUUUGUGUUUUUUUUUUUUUGACAGAUGGUGAGUAGAAUCGUGCAAUUCUAACGGUUCACCGUAGAUUGGAACUACGUAAAUCAAUAGUUUAUUAGCUGCACUUGCACCCAUUGAACUUGAAUGUUUCUGAAUGCCCACUUUCAUAUUUAAUAAGAUCCAGUUAUUUUAGUUGCAUUGAAUUAUUUUAUUCGGAGUCCCUACUUGUAGGGAUUGCAUUCACGAAAUAAAAAUUUUGCAGAAUCAACGUAUUUUAUCUUAGUUUGAAAAUGGCAGAAUAAAAAAAGAUAGAGCGUCGUAUGGACUAGAUAUUUGAAGUUGGCAAAAUUUAAUCGUGGGCCGUUAAAAGAAAAAAUAAUGCAAGGAAAUCUUUAUGAAUUGUAUUUAUAUUUGAAAUUUAUACGAUAAGCGUUAAGUCUAUAGGAUGUAAAUGGAAAAAUUGAAUAAAAUGUGAUUGAAUCUUCAAAACUCAACAAA